AUAUUUUCUUCAAAAAUACAAAAUACAAAACAACAAUGACUUCUCGUGUGAGUGCUGCUCCUACAUGCGACUGUGAAGCAAAGUGUGUCAUAUUUAUCUCAAGAACAAAAAAGAACCCAGAUAGACCUUUCUUUAGGUGUCCAUAUUAUGGUCAGAUAAGAAAGACACAUUGUGACUAUUUCAUGUGGGAGGAUGACUUCAUUGCGUCCCAAGCUGCAAUGGUUGAGUUGCAGGAAACCACGAUUGAGAGAAAGAUGGAAGCCAUGAUAAUUCAAAUGAAUAAGGAUAUGAAAGCCAUGAAAAUUCAAAUUAAUAAGGAUAUGGAAGCUAAAAUUAAUGAAUUAAAAAGAGAUACGGAAUACAAAUUUAAUAUAUUAGAGCGGGAAAUUGAAGCCAUGACAUUCCAGAUUUCAGCAGAUGUGGUAGCGUUCGAUAUUAAGCAUCUCUCUUUGGGUGGUUUGAAGGGUUCGAAAUGAUUUUAUCUUUCGAGUCAAGAUUGAAGCUUUCGAUAGAUAAGGUAGUGUUUGAUUUUAAGCGUCUCUCUUGGAGUUGAUUUAUGGAAAAAAGAAAUGGGUGUCCCUUGUAUCUUUUACGAAUGGCAUUCAAAUCCUCUUCUUCGUACUUUUAGAUAUUUUGUGUGGUAUUUUUUUCUUUCUUUCAGCGGAGUACAAUUGAUGUAUUAGACUUGGAUUAUGUGUGUGUUUUGUUUAUAAUCAAAUGUUGAUGUAAGGUUUUUUCUUGGCUAACCUUUAAAAAAAACUCAAUGUCAUUACAUAACUUAAAAAA